GUCCCGAAUUCUUUGAAAAAAAUCUGGUAACCUUAGUAUAAAUACCCCGCAAAAAGGAUAUUGCGGGGGGGGGCAGGCUUCUGCUGGGGGGGCAGAGAACCUCAGAUAAUUGAGUACUUUCAAUGCUCUUCAACAAUAUUUGUGGAUGGGGGGAACUGCCCUGCUGCCCCCCCUUUGGACUCGCCCUGCCCUACCCCCCCCAAAAAAAAGUUCCUUGGGAGGGGGCAAAGGCUUGCGAUCAUUUUGUUAAGAUUUCAUUCUCCGAUGCAAAUGCGUUUCCGGGACCAAACGAUAAAGGAAGAAUAAACCCCAAAUAAAAGCGAACAUGCAUCAGCCCAAAGAUGUCGCAAGAUUAACACGACGGGGCGGUUGAAGCAGGGGGGAAAUGCACAGCUCAUCCUGAAUCUUCGUCGCGAAACAUUUUCCUGGCUUUGCGGGGGUGGACUAGAUGGCCCCGGGGCGUCCCUCGCCGCUCUCCAAUCCCGCUCGGGAGGCGGAGAGCGCGAGGCGCGCACGUGCGCAUGCGUCCCCGAGCGCUUCGUCCCGGCGGAGAAAGGGAAGAGCGGCGGCGGUUUGUCUGCUCUCGGCCGGUGAGUGGCGGGCGGUUGGGCGGGCGGCGCGGGAGGUGGCGGGGGGCGCGGGGAGGAAGCGCGCCGCUCGGCUCGCCGCUCUCCGGCUGCGCAGCCCCGGGAAGGGGUUUGGGGAACGAAGCUGCCCCCGGAGAGGAGCCAGAGGGGGCGCCCCUGGGGGGGGGUCUGCGGGCAGGAGCCGGGGCUGCCCAGGGGCCCCGAUCCCCGACGCCCUUUGCCCCCAAGGGCGAUCCAUGCGCGGCCGCACCUGGCGACGCGGGGGCGGAGCUGGGGAGGCGGAAGAGGGCGGGGGCUGGGCGGACUGGGGCAAUGGAGUGCGCCUCUGAGGGUGAAGCCAAAGCGCUGUGUUAGCAGCGCCCGUGGCCCCGUCAGUGUGGGCGGAGGGCCUGGGCUUGUCGGGAGAACAAGACGCCUCUCUCAGCCGAACUGAUGUGCCAAGGGAAGCAGAGCCAUGUGUUUGGCACCCGCAGGAGUUGCUGGCAGGAGGCACCAUCUCAUCGUCUUGGGGACGCCCCUCAGGAUUUUUGUAGGAUUUACUCCUAAACCUUUUCUUCCUCCAAAGAUAACCCUCAUGGCAGCAGAGGUUUAGGACCAGAGUUUUCUUUCUCUUACCUUCCUAGGCUGAGGAGCCCCAUAGACCCCCCACUUCCCUCGACUGCACAUGUAGGGGCUUGAGGGUUGGACCCACUCUUGAUAUCUUCCGCCCAGAGCCUGUCUUCACAUGCAGGGGAACUCCGUAACUCAUCAAGGGUCUGAGACCCAUUGGCUACCUUCACCUGGUUUAGCUGUUCCUGGGGUGGGGCCACUGUCGCAUGCUGACAGCUUCUAGAAUCUAGGAGCUGAGGGGUUGGACUAGAUGACUCUCGGGGAUCCCUUCCAACUCUGCAGUUCUAUGAACCAGCACUGGUAUCUGGUUUGAAAUCAUGUCUGUUCUUAAACCAGGAUCUAAGUCGCUUAGAAGUAGGUGGGGCUUGCAAUGAUGUCAUUGUUUGCUUGCAUGUUUGCUUGCUUGUUUGUUGCAUCUAUAUUGCAGCUUUUUCCUCCAAGGAGCUCCAGGUGGUGUACAUGGUAAGGUAGCAAAGGGGUGGGAAGUGCAGGUGAGGGGGGACUCCCACUCUCAUCAGCCCCAGUGGGCAGGAAUGGCAGUGGGAGUUCAGCCUUCAUCUGGAGGAGCAAAGUUUCCUCGAUGCUGGGAUAGGAUGACAGGAUUGCCUGCCCAAGAUGCAAAAGUCAUGCAGUAUAUUGAUAGAGGCUUUCAAAAGAAUGCUCUUUUUAAAAAAGAAAAGAAAGAAAAUGAAAUACCUUGCAAUUGACUGUCCCAUUUUCUUGACAGGCUUAAAAAAAUGGUGGUUCUCUUGCCUAACAGUGCAAUCAAUCUUCCCCUUUUUUACUCAUCCCUGUUGACUUCAGUGGGAAUGAAUAUGGGAAGAUUCAAGACAGACAAUUCACCUAUGGAAUUAGCUGCCACAAAAUUUCACACUAGCUACCAACUUGGGUGGCUCUGAAAUGGAAUUAGGCAAAGUCAGGGAGAUUAGAGCCUGUCAGUGAAUAGGAGACACGAUGGCUUUGUUCUCCUGCCACUGUCAAAGGAAGUGAACCUCUGACUGCCAGUUGCUGAGAUGACAAUUGGGGAGAUAAAGGCUGUUGCAUUAAGGUCCUCCUACGGCCACCUGAGAGCAGGAUGCCUGACUAGAUGAGCCUCUCACCUCAUCCAGCAGGCUCUUAAAUUCUUAGAAUGGUAGAGAUGGAAGGGAUCCCAAGGGUCAUCUAGUCCAACCCCUCCUGCAGAAAUCUCAACUAAAGCAUCCUUGGCAGAUGGCCAUCCAAGUGCUGCUCAAAAACCUCCAAGGAAGGAAAGUCCCUUGCACUGUCUAACAGCUUUUGCUGUCAGAAAGUUCUUCCUGAUGUUCAGUCAGAAUCUCCUUUCUUGUAACUUAAAGCCUUUGGUUUGAGUCCUGCCCUCCAGACCAGGAGAAAACAAGCUGGCUCCUUGUGACAGCUCUUUAGAUAUUUGAAGAUGGCUAUCACCGUGACGUUUCAUGAGCUCAUGGCGCCUGGGGAGGCACAUGUGAGCUGGAGGGAUGUGUGCAAGGCAGGGGGGGAGGGCGAAGGAGCCCACCAUGGCACCCCAGCCCUUGCCGUCAACCCUGCCAGAGUGACCCCGCCCCAGAUCCAAGCAGGGUUGUGCUGCGCCUCCUACCUGCCGCACAGCGGGGAACACAGCCAGCUGACAUUGCACUUGUGGGUGUGAACCAGGCGCUCCCACACAGGUGCCCCCCAUGUGGCCCAGUGCUCGUCCCCGCAAACGUUGGUUCCUCUGACCGGGCUGCGCUGCACCAGGGGCACCUGUGGGGGGCAUCUGAUUCAUGCACCCUCAAAAAUCCCUGCCCAGGGCCACUGCGCCUCUGGGCUCUCCUAUCUCCUCUCAGUCUCCUCUUUUCCAGGCUAAACAUUACCAACUCCUUCAACCAUUCGUCAUAAGGCUUGGUUUCCAGACCCUUGGCCAUGUUGGUUGCCCUCCUCUGCACACAUUCCAGUUUGUCAAUAUCCUUCUUAAAUUGUGGUACACAGGACUCCUGGUGUGACCAAGGCAGAAUAGAGCAGUGCUAUGACUUCCCUUGAAGUAAACGUAAAGGGACCACUGACCAUUAGGUCCAGUUGUGGCUGACUCUGGGGUUGUGGUGCUCAUCUCGAUUUAUUGGCCGAGGGAGCCGGCGUACAGCUUCUGGGUCAUGUGGCCAGCAUGACUAAGCCGCUUCUGGCGAACCACAGCAGCGCACAGAAACGCCGUUUACCUUCCCGCCGGAGCGGUACCUAUUUAUCUACUUGCACUUUGAUGUGCUUUCGAACUGCUAGGUUGGCAGGAGCAGGGACCGAGCAACGGGAGCUCACCCCGUCACAGGGAUUCGAACCGCCGACCUUCUGAUCAGCAAGUCCUAGGCUCUGUGGUUUAACCCACAGCGCCACCUGUGUCCCUUGAAGUAUGUUCAUCUUUAAUCCUCACAACAACCCUGUGAAUUAGGUUCGGCUAAGAGACUGUGAGUUACCCAAGAUCACCCAGUGAGUUUCAUGACUGAACAGGGAUUUCAACCCCGGCCUCUCAGGUCUGAGCUCAACCCUCUAACCACUAUACCAUACUGACUCUCUUAUGACUUAUCCCCAGGUAAGUGUAUAGUUUACAUAGGAUUGUGGUCCCCUCUCCGCCACCUCUGUUGACCUGCCAACAGCAUGACUGUCCCCAGCACAGAAGAAAUGAAGAGCUUCUGGAAGAGUUUCCAGGAGAAGAACCAAACCUGUUUCAUCUUGGGUGCUUCUGGUGAAACUGGGAAGGAACUCCUAGCUGAGCUCUUGAGGCGACAGCUUUUCUCCAAGAUUACCCUCAUUGGCCGCCGGAAGUUGGAAGGAUCACUUUACAGCAAUGUGGUAAUGAAAGCAAAUGUUCCUUAAGUCAUUGUUGAUUUUUAAACAUAGAUCCAGAUUCUCUUUCCCUCACCCCCGUUUUGUCCUCCCACCAACACUGUGAGGUAGAGUAAGCUAUGGUAAGGUAAGGGUAAAGGACCCCUGGACGGUUGCCCAGUCAAAGGCGACUAUGGGGUGUGGCGCUCAUCUUGCUUCAGGCCAAGGAAGCUGGUGUUUGUCCACAGGCAGCUUUCUGGGUCAUGUGGCCAGCAGGACUAAACUGCUUCUGGUGCAACCGGUCACCUUGACAAGUGCCAGAGCGCACAGUUUUGUUUACUAAGCUAAGAGAUAGGUAAGCCCCUGAGCUUCCUGGGGAUUCAAACCUGGGUCUCCUCCAAGCCUAGUCUGACUUUUCCACCACUAGACCACACCAGGGUUCCUCCAGGCAUCCUAUUUAGGGCUCAUUCAUGUUGGAUUUGUGCUCAUGAUGCUCUUGGGCUAGUCAUGCGCCAUCCUACUUUGGUGGAUGGAGCUCUCGCCAGAGAUCUUCCCUUUCCUCUCCCAGUGUCUCAUCCUGGGAGAUCUUCACUUCCCUGCCUCUCACCUAGGGUCUGCUACUUCCAUUUGGGUGCAGUCCUUCACCCCCAGAAGGGACGACCCCAAAAGGAUGGCUACCUGUGUUGAAUCCUCCUUGUGGUGGGCAGCCCACUGCCUGCAACAUGCCUGGCUUCUCUCCCCAUCUGGAAACACAACCUCAGGGUGCACUGAGUCAAUUUUUCCUGUUUCUGAGCAGUGCCGGCCAAUUAACACUGUUUCAUACAACAAGAUGCUCAUUUGUGUUUCUUUAAUAACUCUGCUGUCACGCCAAGAUGUUGCUGCUGGAUUUCUCUGUCAGAAACCACAGAGACAUCUCUUAAGACGGUGGGCUUGGCUGAUAAAAGUUGCUCUCCGAAUAGAGCCAACAGUAUUCAGAAUGUUACACAAAACGCACAGGUGGAAUCAAUUAAUAUUAUAGGUAAAACUUAUAACCAAAAGAACAACAAAGAAGACACUCUUAUGGGAUGCUUCAGGAAGCAUUGGGGGCAAUACAGAAUGUGGUAUGGGGCUGCAGACAAGCUGCCCAGCUCUGCCCUGCAAGAAUCCCCCACACUGGCUGGCAGGAGGUCUGGAGCAGAGAGGUGUGGGUUGGCCAAACAAUCCUUGGAGAAAUUGUAGAUUUCUGCUCUCUAGGAAAGAAUGGCAGAGCCAGCAGAUGAGAGAUGGGGUUACAACACCGCUUAACGUAUGUAUUCCCCCCCCCCAUACACACAUAAGUAGUCUGUGCUUGGCUUCCACAUGUGUGGAGGUGUGGACGCUUCUAGGGAGUGUGAUGACAGCUACACCAGGAGAUAGAAGUGAGUUUACUUAUUUGUUUGAAGCUUCAUUCCUCCACGUGGGUCAUUUUUUAAAUUUGAAGAUUUGCAUGUUGUUUUCUCCUUCUUUUGGCUCCUCUCGUGCUCUGCAUCCCAGUCACAAGAAGUUGUUGACUUUGAGAAACUGGAUGAAUCGGCGGCUGCCUUCCAAGGCCAUGAUGUUGGGUUUUGCUGCCUGGGGACAACAAAGGCCAAAGCCGGAGUGGUGAGCAACCAAUGCCAGCAGGAGGGCGGGGCAGUAUUUUGGGGGUGGGAGGAACUGAGGAAGAUAGCAAGGCCCACACAGCCAUGGGGAGCCUCAGGUCAGGAGCCAUUCAAGCACCUGUAUUGGUUCCGUAACCAUCUCCCCAUGCCACACACCCUCCACAGCUGCCGCUUCCCUCAGCCACAUCUCCUGGUGAUGCUUCUUGCUUGCCUGCAUGGAGGAUGGAGAGUGGCCUGUGAAGAAACUAGCCUAGUAUGCAAAUGUAGAAUUCACAUCUCUUGUUCCGCACAUUUUUGCCACUGGCAUGUGAUCCCUGGAAGGUUUCUCAAAGGAAAAGUGGCUACCUGUCUCCGGAGUAAAAGGAAAUGGGAACUGCAUGAAGCAGCCACCCAAGCACUUUGGUGUGGCCUAAUGUUUUUUUUAAAAAAAAUAAUAUUUAUUACUUUUAUAGAUUACAAAAAGAAAAAGAAAAAACAAGAAAGAAAAAACAGAAAAAAACAAAGGAGAAAAGCAAAAAGAAAAAAACAAUACAAUACAAUAUAUAGACAAUACAAAACACAACCUAAACUCAAAACUAAACACAUUAAACUAAACUAAACAAACCCCACUCCCUAACCUUAACCCUAAAUGAAACAAAACAAAAACAAUUUAAAAACAUACAUCAUCUCUUUUCCAUACUCUUAUCUUUCAUUCCCUUGUUUCCUCGACCUCCUCUCACCUCCCUUUUUGUAUUCCACUUCUAUUAAUUGUUUCAGCAAAUCCUUUCCAUCUUUCUCCAUUUUCUGUAAUAUUGUAAAUAACGUAUUUUUUAACCUUAUUUUCCAUUAAAACUAAAAUACUUAUAUACGCUUAACUCCUUAUAACAUUUCUGCUAAGCCCAUAAAAAAUCAUUCCACCAUUUUUCUAUCACUCAUUAGUUUUACCAUAAGUCUAUAUAUAAACUUUAAAUUUUCCAAUCUUCUUCCACCAUCUCCUCUCCCAGGUUUCGGAUUCUGCCAGUCCUUUCCGUCAACUCCAUAAAGUCCAUCAACCUGGUAAUCUUAUGUCCGAGGCUCUUAACUCUUUUCCAAGUCCCUUCUGCAGGUCUUCUUCAUUUUCUUUAAUGCUAAAGAGCAAAUCUCGGGGAAACUCCAACCUGUCAAUCCUUUUCUUCCUUCUGAACGGAUCAGCUAAAUUUCCAUUGUUAAAGCUACAGUCCAUAAAGUAUUUCAGGGCAUAUUUCAAGAUUCCUCCAAGUCCAAAGGGGUGUGGCCUAAUGUUUGCUUUCUUUUCCUUUGUGAGGGAGCUGUGAGGGUGAAAUGGGAGCGUUGGGACCUUGGCAGAGGAUGCAAUAGGAGUUGUUCAUUUAUUACAUAUGCACAACAUUUCUUCCAAGUUGCAUGAGGUUAUCUAAUUCUUUGUUCACAACAACCCUGUGAGGUACACUGGACUGAGAGAAAGACUAGCUUGCCCAACUUGAACACAGGUCUUUUCAGUCCAAGUGUUGCCCUGCACUAGCUGUCACCUGCUAGUUCAACCUACUGAGUGGAAAUUAUUGGUAUUUAAAUAUGGCUUGAGUCACCCUUACCCUUUGGAAUAGAGAGGAUUUCCAAAUAAAUGUUACUUUCUCUGGCCUGCAGGAUGGAUUUGUGCGGGUCGACCGUGACUACGUUGAGCACUCUGCGAGACUCGCCAAAGCUGGCGGCUGUCACCACUUCGUCCUGCAGUCGAGCAAAGGGGCCAAUAGCUCGAGCCGCUUCUUCUACCUCCGGGUUAAGGUGUGUCUUGUUGGAGAGAGCCUAGUCCUGGGGUGCAAACCCUCUGGCCCUCCAGAUGUUGCCAGACUCCAGUACUCAUCAGCUGCGAGUUGCAGCCCAGCAACAUUGGGUGAGCCACAGGUUCCCCAGGUCUUUCAAAACAAAGUAAUCAAUCUAUGGGAGGAGACACCAGUUUUCUGAGCUGUUCUGAAUUCUGUCCUUAAAUGCCAAGUUCUAGGUUUUAAUUUUAUGUACAGAUGGCUGUGGCUCUAGGCUCUAUUCAUUCUACUGCUAUUCUGGAUAUUAGCAGAAGCUAUUAUUAUUAUUAUUAUUAUUAUUAUUAUUAAUAAUUAUUGCCUUUCCUCCAAGGUGGUUUACAGGGUUUUCUCUCCCUCCCCCAGACCAUUAAACUUUCACAAAAGCCCUCUGGGGUUUGUUAGCUGAGAGAGAUUAGUAACUGGUCCAUGAUCAUCACGUAGCUUUCAUAGCUGAGGAAUAAUUUGAACCUGGGUCUCCCCAGUCUUGGCCUGACACUAUCAGCACUACACACACGAGCGUGCACACACACACAAAAAACCCAGAAGCAACUCAGUGUUUGUGGUUCAAAAUGAAGAGGUCAAGGUCAGUAUCCCUGCCAUAAUAUGGUGUGCUGUAGAUGCGAAGCCAACGUAAGCCCUAAUAAAGGGAUGUGGUGGGGCAAGAGUGGGGGGGGGGGCUUGGGUUGGAUCCUCAGCCCAUGCAGCUCAGUUUCAUGACCUGGUAAUCCAGUGUAAGUUACACUGAUGAAAAGGGAAGUGUUACUCAAACCCUGUUUUAAAGGCUCGCUUUUCUUCUGCCAGGCUUAGGCCAGCUCCGACAGGAGAAGCUGCAUUCCUGAACAGAGUUUGGAUCUGGUGUACUUUACGGUGUUUUGCUUCUUGUGUAUAGGAUUGCUUCAUCAGCUGCCCGUGCCCUGGUAAUUUUGAAGCUGGAUUACUGCAGUGUACUUUUCAUGGGGCUGCCUUUGAAGACAGUAUGGAAUACUGCAGCUAGGUUGUGAACAGGAAUCAGGCAAAAAGAUCAUAUCUUGCCUGCAUAGAAACAACUCUACUGGCUCCCAGUGUUUUCAGGUUCAAUUCAAAAUAUUGGUUUUAAUCCCUAAGUUCUAAUACAUUUUAGGUCCCAGAUAAAAAUCCAAACAAGUUGUUUUCCCAGUCUCUUAAAAAGUGAAAUAUUUUAAAACUUGGAGCAACUUGAUUUUACACUCUUUAAAUUGGGUGUUGAUGUUUCAGAUGGUUUUUAAUUUGCUGAGUUAGUUUCAUUGUAUAAUAACAGUAAUAUUUUAAAUUGUACCUCUUGUAUCUUAUUACUGUGUUAACUACCCUAGAAAAAUGAAUCUAUGUUAAAAGUGCAGGAUAAAACUUUUGUAUGUAAAUAAAUGAACAUGUGUGUGAGAGAUCUGAUAUUUCAUUUCCUCUUCUCCUACAGGGUGAAGCAGAGGACAGGGUCCAAGCAGUUGGCUUUGACCAUUGCUCCAUUUUUAGACCAGCGUAAGUAAUGCAAAGUGUGUGUUUGUUUGUGUGUCUGUGUGUAGAUUGGGGAUGUGUGGGUGAGAUAGAAGGAAAAGCAGUCAACUAUUGACGGCCGUUGUGGGGAUGAUGAGUGGUUGAUGGGCACAUCACAGUAGCGCUUGGGGGCGGGUUACACUUCUGUGCAUUGACUGACCCACCCCUGCAGAUCUAUGUAUUUAAACCUUCUCCUCCCAACAGGCACGAACUAGUCAACUCCCAUCUUGUUGUCUACUCGGGAGCAGGUCCCAAAGCACAGUGUGUGGAUGUGAGGAGGCUUCAGUCCAACGUAACCUGUGGAUAAGACACGAGCAGCCCUGCACCCAGUGAAACAAAAAAUACCUUAAUUUCUGCUCUAUAGGACGCACUUUUCCCUCCUAAAAAGCAAGGGGAAAUGUGUGUGCGUCCUAUGGAGCGAAUGCAGGGGGGAGGCAGGCGGGAAAUGUCCUCAAGAGCCGCACACAAGCUCCGUGCGGCUCUUGCGGGCUUUUCCCCAGGAGGGAGAAGGGACUGAUGCGGCCAGUCAGUCCCUUCUCCCACCUCGUAGAAAAGCCCACAGGAGCCACGCACCCUUUAAAGAGCGCGCCACUCUUGCUGGCUUUUCCCCGAGGAGAGACAAGGGACUGACUGGCUGCAUCAGUCCCUUCUCCCUCCUCAUAGAAAAGCCCGCAGGAGCCGUGUACUCCUUAAAGGGUGCGUGGCUCCUGUGGGCUUUUGCGGGAGAUGGGGGAAUUCCCCCACCUCCCGCAAAAGCAGGGAGAAGGUCUGGGAGAAGCGCACAGGCAUAACUAACGAAACAACUUUCCAAAGUUUGUAGUAGAAGAGGACUGUUCCAGUUUGGUCUCAGGGGGUAUAUAAUGCCAGUUCAGUUGCCCUGGAUUGGUUACCCUUUAACCACCGUUUGGUAUAGGUAUUAUUAAAGAAGUUGGUAAAAUAGUGGUUAUGGCUCCAUCCUUCCAAGGGCAGUUUGGCUUGAUGUAAUCCAUCCUACUUAUCUUUCCAUCUCAAAGGAAACCCACGGUCACAGGUAUGAGGUUAUGGCAUAAUCCGCUCAACCUGUGAAGCCAGUUGGAAUCCAAGAUACUGACUUACCAGAGGCCUCCCCAGUGGGUUUUAUGACUGAACAGAUAUUUGAAUCUUGAUCGCCUCAGUUCCAAGUUCAGCCCUCCCACAUAACACUGGCUCUUGUUUGCAACAGGUCGCUUGGCAUCAUUUUACUCCCAACAGUGGCUAAGUGCGCAUUAUGACAACAUUCUGUUGGGCGUUCCAGCUCUUCUUGAGGGAGUUGUCACUAACCAGAUCCAGGCUCUCUUGGAUGAGACCAAUUUCCACCUGUGUUUAGGCCUGGUUUAGACUGAAACUGCCUUGGUCAUCCUGUUUGAUUAUCUUUGUCAGGACAGAGGCAGGAGAAUGUGACUCGGUUGGUUCUCUUUCAUCUCUCAGUCUUCUGGAGCAGCUGAAUUGGCAGUAGGUGGUGGCACUUGACAGUGGUUCUGGUCCUGUCUGUAUGGCCAUCUCCAGAGGGUUGUGCUCAGGAGAUGUGAGGUGCCACAUCUUCCAUGCUGUUUAAAAUCUGCAUGAAACCACUGGAAGGGAAUGUGGAGUAUAUUGCCAUUAAUUUGCAGGUGAUUUGCAACUCUAUUUCUGCAGGUGUAGAAGUGGAUGUUCUAGACCAGGAUGAGACGCAGUAAACUGAAGUUUAAUUCAGAUAAGAUGGAAUCACUGUUAAUGGAGGUUCCUUGGACUGAAUAGGUGGGGUUCAACCUGUUAUGGAUGGGGUUACACUCCCCCUAUAGAAGCAGAUGCACAACGUGGAGUUACUUCUGGAUCCACUCCUAUCACUGGAGGCAAAGUGACCUUGGUGGCAUAGAGUUCCUUCCAUGAGUUCCAGCUGGUGGCCCAGCUGUGACUUCAUCUGGAGAAAGAGAGCCUAGCUUCCGUUGUCUACCUCCUGGUUAGAUUAUGCCAGUGCAUUGACUUACCUGCGGGGCUGCCCCUUUCCCUUCAUUAACCUGCCUAGACCCUGCAUUCAUUAUCUGGGGUGUGGAGGGUGGCAACACAAGAUCAGGCCUUCUCAGUGAUGGCUCCCUGACUCUGGAAUUCUCUCCCCAGAUAGAUGCACCUAGUGCCUUCACUGUUAACCUUUAGGCACCAGGUGAAGACAUUCCUAUUCACUCAGGCAUUUCUCUCUUAAUUAGAGUUAUUAUUUCAGUUAGGUGGGAUGUGCCUUUUCAUGUUGUUGCAGAAUGAACACUUUUAGUUGAUAAUGUUUUAUCUUCUGAAGUAUUUGAAGUUUAAUCUUAUAUUGCUUUUUUUUAAUAAAAGCAAGUCACUUGGAGACAAUUUCUUUGUAGUAAGUGACAGAUAAAUAUAAGUAAAUAAUAACCCCCAAACCAGUAGCUCCCACCUCUGUAUAAACUGGGUUGCUGUUUCAGCAGGAGUGAACAGCCCCCUACGCUGGAACCACUGUAGCUUCCAUGUUGGGGCCUGAGGCAGAUACUUAAUAUGCCCUGUUUGAAAAAUUACUGUAUUCACUGUCCUGAAUCCAAUACACUUGGUCUUUUAUAUGAUUCACUGAUUUUGCUGUCUCCAGAAAUGCCCGUGAUAUUUGCAGCUUCCCCCUCCCUGCUUGCUUGUACUCUAAAAGGUAUCCAGUGUGUUAUCUGUUGCCUUCCAGAAGUCACCAUUCUGAGCAGCCGUGAUACCUGGUGACAUCAGACAACUGAAAGGAAGUGGUUUUCUCCUUCUGUCUCCUACAGAGUGCUGCUGUGUGAUCGCCAGGAGUCUCGGCCAGCAGAGUGGAUGGCACAGAAAUUCCUAGGAGUGGUAGCCCUUGUCUGCCCCACAGCCCUUUCUGUCCCAACAGUGACUGUGGCGCAGGCAAUGCUGAAUCAUGUGGUGAUGCCAGGAAAGGAGGGCCAGAAGGUUUAUGUGCUGGAAAAUGCAGAUAUACAUGCCCUUGGGCAGGCAAAAUAAGGGGCGAGGGUAUUGUUUCCUAGAUGACUUAGUGGCAGAGGGUGUCCUCGUUCCCCAAACCCAGUCUUUCCUGUUCUUCCUUUCCGCCAGAAGGUGCCCCUCAAGCAGUAGGGCCUUGCCUGUUAACUUGAAACCUUUCCUCUGUGUCUCCAUGGUAAUGGGACAAACCGCCACACCUCCCAUGGCAGCCAUUUUGAGUAGCACUGCUGGUUACCAGAAGGACAAAUAUUUGAUUUUCACUGCUGUGCAGUGCUCACUAAAGAUUGUAAAGCACAUCUAUGGAGGGAGGGUGCUGCUUAUGGGGUCACUCUCCUCUGUGCCUUGAUCUAUGGGAGAUCUGUUCUUGGUACAAGUCUUCUUUUCCUGUCAUGCAUUAAAAUAAGAUCCCCUCAAGUGCUUGUUUCCUUACUGCUUUGAAGGUACUGAUCAGAUCCCUUCUGGGCUAACUGCCUCUUCAGGAAUGUGGCUGAAAACCAGCCAUAACUGGUUUGCUCCUGUCAGUAUCUAUAAAAUGUGUGAUUGGGAUACCCAUGUCUGAAAACAGUGGGUCUGUCACCAUCAUUUGGACCAAAGAUUAUACCCUUCUAGGCGUUUCUGUGACACAGGAAAUAUUUGCAACCCUGGCAGGACUGAGCUGUCAAGCUUUCAGACAUGUAACAAUCUGAGCUGGCGCUGGGAACCUGGCAAUCUCUUCCUAGUCCUAUACCAAAGAAGAUUGUGAUUUCUUUUUAUGUUGAAUUUCUGCUUAUGGCUCAAGGGAAAAAUUGAAUGUUAUUCAACUCUCAUGGGUGAAAAUGAAUAAGGGAUGCUUUUUCUGCACAGGUUGAAAAGAGGAAUGUAAUAAUGAACAGGACUUAUCCACCACCCCGGAAUUUUCUGCUGUGCUUCAAAGCUGUGUUACAGCAGUCACUUACAAGUUCCCAAGAGGGCACAAUACAUGUUCACAUGAUCUCCAUUUGCACGAGGUACACCAGCCUUCACCAAACUUUUUAGAGAAACACACCUUUUUAGAGAAAGCCUUGUGUGAAGUGGCCUACAGAUUGUGGAGGAGGGGCCUGUACAGGAAUCUGCCUGGUAUAUUAGCUGUAGCUGAGCUCUGGUGCUUCAAGUAAAAGUCUAACUAUCUUCGGCUGAAUGCUAGUAAGUGAAGCUUUCUGAUAUUUUCAUGGGUUUAUUUGUUUUGCAGUAAGACUUCACCUUGUACAGUGAAAUGUUCUCUCCCUCUCCUCCCCUCAUGCAUCCCUAAAUCUGUUCUGAGGGUUCCCUGAACCUUCCAGAGCAGAUCUAGGGAGCAGUAAUUCGUAUUGUGUUAGCACAAAUCUUUUCAUCAUGAGAUCUACCCAGUGACAAAACAGUUAUGAAUAUGAGCUUGAAAGAAAAGUGCUGAAUAUUAGACUGUAUGCUCAAGUUAUCUGCAUUGGAUCUGACUGGUAGAUCCCAUUCAGAUAAAUUGAACAUACAGUCCAAUAUUCUGAUCCAGCACUUUUCUUUCAAGCGCAUAUUCAUAACUGUCUUGUCACUGGGUAGAUCUCAAGCAAAAAUAGGUAUUUCAGUGGAUAAUGCAAAUGUUGAGAAGCAAAGUGAGCUAGCAAAGAAAUGUCAAAACAAUAUUCAGCAAACAAGGCUUGGGAAAACCUGUGGACUUGACUUCCAAUUGCAUUUUAUUUGAUUCAUGAAUCAAAAAGUAUGCUAUUUUUUAUGAAACAAUUAUGGUGUUGGUGAUAUUUCUAAAGCUGUAAAUGUGUUUAAUUCUUAUUUAUAUAUUCAUUAAAAUCAUUUAAAAGGUUU